AUGGUCAACGUAGCAUUCCUAGCCCCAUUGGGCACUUAUACGCAUCAAGCAGCGCUCCAGCAAUUUCCAGAAGACAAGCACACCACCUUUACCCCAGUCGACUCUAUAUCAAAAUGCUUCCAGGAGCUUAUGACUAAUAAAGAACUGGACUUUGCCGUGGUGCCACUCGAGAACUCGACCAACGGUCAAGUCGUUUUCACCUAUGACAUUCUCAGAGACCUUAUGAACAACAGCGAUACAUAUCAGGAGAAUGAAGCGGUGCCUAUGUUGGAAAUCGUAGCUGAACAGUACGUUUCUAUAGACUUAUGCCUGAUAGCUUCAAAGCCUUUGAAUUUAAACUCCCUCACAAAGGAAACUAAGCUCGAAAUUCACUCGCACCCGCAAGUGUGGGGUCAAGCUGCCAAUUAUUUGAAACUUUUGGAACAAAAAGUGAGUGCCCUUCACAAGAUUGAUGCGAGCUCGACUUCAGCAGCUGUGCGUCUAUGUUGUGAAAUGGAGGGUGAAGAGCAGGGUGGAGUUAUUUCUUUGGCCGUUGGAAGCAGUAUUGCCGCCAAAGCGCAUAACGGAUUCGUUCUGGACAGCCGCAUCAACGACAAGAAGGGCAAUACUACAAGAUUUCUCAUCUUAAAAAGGCGAAACAGCCAAGGACCUCCACUCGAGGCCAGACCAUUUUCGCCGCUUGCAAACGAUCAGAUGGUAUCUAUCCUGACGUUUGUUGUUAAGCAAGAUAGCCCCGGUAGUCUGGUAGAUGUGUUAAAUGUCCUGAAGGAACAUCGGAUCAACAUGUGCUCCAUUACCUCGAGACCCUACCACUUCCCAAAAGACGAUAGAAUUCAGCUAACGCCGGAAAAUGAGGAAGGCAGGUGGCGUAAGUGGCAGUAUAUCUUUUUCGUUGAAGUCACACAUGACAAUCGCUUGGACUGGGCUCCUGUGCUAAAGGGAAUCAGAUCCAACUCAAUGAGGUUUUGCUUCUGGGGUACACUGCAUCGGAAUGGUCGUUAUUACGAUAUUACUUGA